GGUAGCCAAAUGAAGAAACGCGCACAUUUCUUUUCAAUUUCCCUCUCCUAAUAAAUAGCUUUUUCUGAUCGCGGCUUUUUCCAGAAAUUUCGACUUAAAUAGCUUUUCUGACAGCGGCUUUUCCAGAAAAUUUUGAUGGGGUUGUUUCUUGUUUGCAUGCGAUUGCUAAGUGCUUACCGCGAUUUCGAACAGAGGCUUUUGCGGUGAUUGAAUUCUAGGUGUAGCUACUAGGUAGGUGCUCUUACCAAAACAAAAAGAAAUCUUAGUGUGUCAUGGAACACAAGGAUAAGUUAUUGGCUAUUGCGAAUUCUCAAGCUCAAGGACUCUGUCCCGAGAGUGUAGUGGACAGGUUUAGUAAUCUUCCAGAUGAAGUCGCUCAUCAGAUUCUUUCACUUGUCUCUUUAAAAGAACUCAUUCGAGUAGGCAGCCUUUCUAAAAGAUGCAGAGGGCUUUAUCUCUCAACCCCAUCAUUGAAAUUUUGGUCAUCGUACUAUGGAGAUAAGCAGGGCCAAUUAAACUUGCUGAAUUCUUUCGAUAGGUUUUUGAUUCUUCGCGGAGGUAAUACGGUACAGAAGUUUCAAGUACAUUUGGAUCUCUGUUCAAGCUUACCUGAUGAGAUUUUCCGAGUGAUCACGUGGAUCCACAUUGCAGCAAGGUGUAAUGUUGAAGUGCUUGAUCUUCAGUUGAGGGUAUACAAAAAUGAUAUGGCUUCGUUUGAAUUACCAUCUUGCAUCUUUCUUUGUGGAUCUUUGAGAUCUCUGAUUGUGACUCUGUAUACAGUUCUUAAAGUUCCCUCCUUUGCCGGUUCCACUAAUCUCCGACACUUAAACUUGAGUUAUGUUCAAAUAGAUGAUGGCUUUUCCAAAUGGAUCUCAAAUUCCUGCAAAUGUAUGAAGGAGUUGCAGCUUUAUCAUGUUGGAGCAGUAAAUAUCACCAUUGAAAGCUCAUCUUUGGAAUCAUUUAGGUUUGUUUCGGUUCAGAAUGACACCUGCCAUCUUAACAUCACAGGUGAGAAACUUGAAGAUAUACAUGUUAAUUGGGAAUAUUAUCAACGUGGCAGCAGAUCAUUAACUAUUUCUGCUCCAAAUCUCAAAUAUUUCAAAUGGAUUGGGAGUUUAUUGAACCGCCAGAAUCUCAGGGAAUCAAUGUGUUUAGAAAAGGCAGAGAUUUUUUUGAAGCCUAGGAGAGGUAUCUGUGAAAACUUUGACAACGCAUCCGAGUUUCUUUGCAGUAUAUGCAGGGUUAAAGUUCUUCUUCUAAGCCACGAGACCAUUAAGACUCUGUUCAAGGAAGUUUCCAUACCCCCGCCGUUUGAUAAUAUUUCUUACUUGGGUUUGCGCAUUACGAGCUUGAGUGAUGACCUAGUCCCAGCAAUGGUAUCUCUUUUGAGAGGAAUUUCUAAUUUGAAUACAUUGCAAAUAGAAUCUGACCUUUCCUUACUCUUCCAUAAACCUAAAGCACGCGGAUGUAAUAGGAAAUACUGGAAAUCCCAAAACCUGAAUUUUACAGAUCAGCUUAAGGAGGUAACAAUAGAGCUUUCCAACGGGUUCAAUGCCAUGGAGUUAGCAAGGUAUAUUCUCGAGCAAGCUCAGCAUUUGGAGAAAAUGUUCAUAUUCUAUUUACCCCACCAGUCAUAUGUCAUAAAAAGAGUAAAUCAAAGCAAGAAAGUCUCCGCUGCCAAAAUUGUCUUUCGGAAGAAACAGCAGAGAUGAUGUGCAAAGGUGGUUCUGUAUUUUUCAAAAGAUUUUGUGAACAGAAGCUUAAACCUUGUAAACUUUGCUUUUAAGGUUUUGAACAAACUUGGAGCUGUAUCGUUGUGUUUGGUACACUUGCAAAUUCGGUAUCAGGUUGAAAUUGAUAGAUCAAAUUGUGCAAAUAGUGUUAGUGUUUUGGAUAGUUUUAGGCUUAAUUGUAUUUGUAAUCAAUUCAACAAGUAAAUGAAAUGAGAUUGGAGAAGAUA